CACUAGAAACAUACACAUGAAUUGAUCCACUGUUGUCAUUUGUAGUGUUCAAAGAACAUAGUGCAGUGCGUAGCCGUUGUGUGAUGUAGAGCAGUAACUUUAAUAAGUGAGUAAACUGUCCCUUUGUUGCCAAUGUGUGAAUAUGGCUCCCAGAUGGCUUCCAGAUUUGACCAGAGGGGAACUGGAAGACACCACGAGUACACAGACUCCACUGUGCUCAAGGAUCCCAGCCCUCUGAAUGAGCUCUCCGUCUCCUGGUUGGCUGACAAAAGCCAAGCAGACUCACUCAGAGAGCAACUAAAGGAGAUGGAUGAGCAUGUGGCCAGGCUUCAAGAAAUGCUGAAAUGCGAGCGGGCCAAAUGUACCCAUCUGCAGUUGCGUUGUAACCAGCAGGAGAUGGAGCUGAGGCGGCGAGAGCAGCAGAACGGCAAACUGAAGGAGCGGCUGUCACAGCUGACUGACAAACACAGAGACAGAGGACCCACCAUAGAGGUGUUGAACUUUCUACCUGGAGGUCGAGGCAAAAGAGAACCGCUAAUCAGAUCGCUCAGGUCUACUGCGAAAAGAGAAGAAGCAGCACUACGUCUAAUGCUAGAACGCAGAGAAGCAGAGCUCAGAGAGGCGAUGAAGCUGCGCCACAGUCUCACCACUUUACUCCAUGCCCUCAGGGUCAACAUGGAGCAGAGCCUGUCAGACAUGGCGGAUGCUCAGGAUGAGGAACGAAAUGAAGAAAACGGGUUGGAUCAAGUAGAGGUGACGCUUGGUGACCAUGUGACAGGAGGAGUGGUUCAAAGUUGGAGGCAGGUGCAGAGGAGACUGGGUGACAUCUUUUCUGAAGGCCACACUGGUGUAGGUACCGACCAUGACAAACUACUGGCUCAACUCGAAACCGAACUGAAGGAGAGUCGACAGCUUGUCCAGUUACAACAGCAGCUUCUACAGGAUAGCCUUACUUCACCUGUCCCUCCUGAGCUGGCUGAUUCCUACUUUCUGGAGGAGUGGGAGCACCUUCAGGUGCGGGCAGCAGAGCUUGAGCAUCAGAGGCGGACUUUUGAAAGGGAGAGGAAGUCCUUCACUGACGCUGCUCUCCGACUGGGCCAUGAGCGCCGCAGUUUUGAGCAACAGAAGGCCGCUCUUGUGAAGCACCAGUUCCUGUGUGACUCACCCGUGUUUGGUAAAGGAGCACCGAGCAGCAACAGGAGAGAGAGCACUGCCCUCAAUUCCUCAGGCUUGGGGCCCACCAGCAUAUCUGGCUGUCUUCCCAUUAGCCCAUCGUCCGCUGGGUCGGGGACCGCUGCUGCUGCUUCUGGAUCACAUCAGGGAAGAGUCCAAGUUCAAACUCCCAGCACUCCAGAGCUCUACGCUGCCCUCAAGCUGUCAUACAACUGCAGAGCCACAGAGGUUGAUCACAGAGCCACAGAGGUUGAUCAGCAGUUGGAGACAUGGGAUGUUGGUGCAGACAGGAUGGUGCACACACCACAGGCUCCACACUUAGACUGGUCAUUUUAAUACAGAUUUUGUUGCCACAGUAGAUGGCAAUUUAAAAGCCUAUUGUAACUUACAGUAUUUUGUUGUUUUUAAAAUAAUAAAGAUACAUCAGUAUA